GUAACGGCUGUACACGGAAGUAGCAGGAAGUAGUGGAGGAAUGAGCAGACGGGUGAUCGCAGCUGCUGCAGAACCUCAUUUGUCUCGUUCAUGGCUACUUAACAGAGGGGAUUGCAGAGAAGAUGACUUCGUACUCCUCCAGAGAGGCAGAGUUACAGAAGCUGCGUGACGCCCUAGCGGCAGAGAAGAAUACAGUUUUAGCGGAGAUGAAGAUGAGUGAUGAGCCGCAGGAGUCACACCGCCAGUGGUCAGAGGCCGCACAUGGCAGGAAUCGGGCUCUUCUUCAGGAUUUGCGGAAAGCUGAGAAGACUUUAAGGAGAAGAUCACAAGUCGCCCCUAACCACGCGAUCAUGGAACUGGAGAGUGACUAUUGGAAAUCUGUGGAACAGGAACUUCCUAAAUGGGAGCAGUUUCUACUCGGAAAAUCUCAGUUGCCUUUUGGAAUGAAAGAAAACCAGCAGAAGCUCAAACAUUCCCAAACUAUGCAGACACCAAGGAGAAGGAACCUGCCUCCUUCUGGCUGCAGCUCAAGCACUUUUCCAAGAUAGCCUCACAUCACGGGCCAGGUUUAUCCGUCUCUGUACUCCAGUAUGCCAUCUCCAGCCAUAUACUGACUCAUGUCUACAUUUCCAAAGGACAUGUUGAGAGUUGUAGUCCCACAACCGAUGUGCAUGAGUACAUGCUCCGCAACCUAGACCUUAAAACCAGACUAGGAGGACACAUGGGGCUUCACACAACAUUCUACAUAUAGAAACCACCGCAAUCACACAUUCUCAUGGUCAGUGGUGGUCCUGGCGGUAUAAUCCGCACAAAUCUAAUUGUUUAUUCCCUAUCCUGCGGGUAGGAGAAUAACUUGUAAGAACCGGAAUACCUCUUUAUUGCUUAUAUGCUUUUGGUUGCCUCGGAGCAGAUGUCGGAGAUUUCAUGCCGCUUUCGUCCAGUGGUAGACAUCUGCAACUUUGUUGACUAUAUAGACUUAUUCCACAGACGGGAUCUGUCAGCUGAAUAUGCUUCCUAUGUAAGUGCAUGUGCAGGUCCAUACUCCUAGUAGCCUGAGGCCCCUUUUCACACGGGCAAGAAUUCCGCCCGGGUGCAAUGCGUGAGGUGAACGCAUUGCACCCGCACUGAAUCCGGACCCAUUCACUUCAAUGGGGCUGUGCACAUGAGCGGUGAU